CGCCUUCGGCUUCGACCUAAGAGAACGAAGCAAACACCGCAGAAUACCACAGAACACUCGCAAAACCCGGAUACUAUAUCAUACAAUGGAAUUUCUUCACUCUGAGAAGUUUUUUCUCUCACAAUAUGGCACAGCUGAGGUGUUGAGCAAGCAAGGGGGUGCAAAAGUCCUCCUGUUUGGCGAUGAGCUGAUACUUAAAACUGGCCGCAGAGUAUCACGGGCAGAGGAAGUCGCUAUGCGGCUAGUAAAAGAGCAUACUGACGUUCCUGUUCCCGAAGUCGGCUCUUCGUAUUACAACGCAAACGAAGGACGUUUGUGUAUGAGCUUUAUUCCAGGAAAGCCGCUAAAUAAGUCUUGGGACUAUCUAGACAACACAGUGAAGGAACGCCUCUGUCAUAAUAUCUGGAGCAUUAUUGAGAAAUUACGACAGAUUCCAAAACCCCCCGAGCUACAACACCUUUUUCUCGGCCUUGCCGACGGUUCUAAUAGCCGGGACGUACUCGUGGCAGAACUAUCCGAGCAUCAGCGACUUCUGGACGAUGAGGCUGUCCGGAGUCGCAUCUACGAGCGUUACUAUGAGUGUAAUGGUCGAAAAUAUGAGAAGGAAUUACCGGAUAUGCUUCCUCGUGCGGAAUUUUCUGUUUUUACCCACGGUGAUAUUUCACCCCGGAAUAUCAUGUUUGACUCGAAGACCCAGCAAAUCACUGGUAUUAUCGACUGGGAAAAUGCUGGAUGGUAUCCAGAUUAUUGGGAGUAUGCGAAUAUCUUGAAGCCUUCUGUAGAUGACAAUUGGCAAGAGUGGAUGGAUCUGACGGCUCCAAGGAAGUGGGACAUUAGCGGAAUAAUGGCAGCACGGGUUGUUUUACUCUAAGAGUCAUAUUCAUGGACUAGCCAGCACCGUCUUGAGCACAGCUACGGGGUGGAAGCGCACAUAGGAA